AUGAUUGCUUCAAGUGUAUAUGGCGGGUCUAUCUGUCUCAGAUGCCGAUUACGUCUUCUCCGUCAGUAUACUCACCCUAGUCAAGUAUCCAGUCGCACAUUCAGACUUCAUUCAACUUUUCGCCCCUUCUCUACGGAAUCCUCCGCUCCCAUUGAUCACGAUCUACUUCCCGAAGUGAAUAGUGAGGCAUCCAGUAGUAAGGACCGUCCCCAAUAUCGAGACCAUGGAGACGGCAAGAAACGUGGAGGGGUAAAGAGAUUAGCCCUCUUGAAACCGAAGAGACGCCUUUCUCGCAAUCGAAUUCUCACAGAAGAUGCUCAAAGCAUUGACUCUGACAUGCUUGGCAAACCUGCCUCUGUAAUCAUCAUGAGAGAUGGGGGCAUUUAUCGAAGGAAAAACAUCCCAAUUCAUUCCAAUGACGCUGAAGGCGAGCUUAACAACCGAAAUACCGAUAUCGAGGCGCUGCUCGACAGCCAACGAACACCGCUAGUCGCCGAGGAGGUUCGUAAGAAUAUCCAUAGUUUAAAACCUAAGACGGAGACUGUCUUAUCCGAAAGGGAGUUCCGUAAAUUACAGGCUUUGCUGAUAGGCGGUUUCCUUAACACACAACUUAGUGAUUACCUUGACCAUCAUAGACGGCCCGUUCCGUUCGAGUCCAAGUCCGAUGUCAAGUCAACCAUCGGUAGAGGGGACUGGAUCAAGCAUAUCACACCAUGGGCACCACUGGGUAGUCAGUCGAUCAUCCCGGAAGAAAUCGAUCCUAGUCUAUAUGGAUACAUAUCCGAUUCGGCCACUCCAAAAGAGAAGCUGGCUGUUCGAAUCAUGCGUGAAUGCUGGUACCUUUCUAUAGGAGAGCUCGACACUGGACUCGGCGAGACGAGGGUGAUAGUUCAAAGCAGCGAGUUUCUUCUCUUAAUGCGCGGAACCCAACGGUGGAUGUCUGUUAUGGGCCAAAUAUGCCUAGAUCCUGGCGAAAAGAUUGAGGCGUUUCGGGAUCAGAAGAUGCUACGUUUCGUCACAUCAAAACCGAAAGUUGCUAUUCUAGUAAAAGAGCUGUAUGACACAAUCAAACAGAUCACAUCUAAGACGUUUGCGAUGAGUCUGGUCGCUCGCAAGCCCAUACAUGAAGCCUAUCUAGAAGAGGUUGGGCGUAUUACGAACACGCAUGUCAGAAGGAAACAAAAUCCUAAUCAGCUCCAAGUUACUUGGAUAGAGUUGAAAACGCGCGCCGCGCAGGGCCUCACGCGUCUGGAAAAUCUGAGCGAAGUCGUCUUCCGCUUACUGUUUACCACUUUCACUCCACAGCCAGGGACGACCACCAAUCUUUAUGUGACGGGUCUAGACGACAAAGCCGCUGGGCGGUUCGUUGCAGAUGCGGUAAGCAGGGAGAAGUUGGGAUGGAAAGAUCGAAUGGGCCAAUGGGCUCGUUACAUGCUCCCACUAGCAUCCGAGGGUAAUCGUUUAGCGAUGAAGAGUACGCUUAAAAGGCUCACACUUCCAGUUGAGCCACAUGCGGAGGCGUCCGUGUUCGACGAGCACAAGGAAUUCCUACCCAACACACAGUUCCCUUCUCACCCGAUAAAGUGGGCAGAAUCUUAUCAAGUAUCAACUAAAGCGGGCUUUGGCUAUUUACUACACGAAAAUGACCCAUUGACCUCGCCGCCCCCCUUACUUGACCUUCCGACCACCAACCACCUGCGCGCGUUCGCGCCCGUCUCGCCGCAUCCUCUUCACCUUGCUAGACUGGAAGCAAAAAAUGAUGAAGCGGCCCAUGCGCUCAUACAAACGAAAAGCGUUGUAGUCGUUCAUUUUUGGCCGGAGAGAACGAGUAAAGCUAAACGAGAGCAUUCCACUCUUCUAGCUCCUCGCCUCGAGCUCCACCUUGCGAUCUUGGGCUACGAGGUUAAAGGUAUUAAAAGCUUACACGCCAUCAAACAAACGCACAUCACAGACGUAAUGCUUCCCGCAUCCCCCGUCGACAUACGUUUUAUGCAGGAGCAGUACUGUGAACUACAGGGCGACGCCACCGAAUUCGCCGCCUGGCAGCCUCUUGCCGACUUCCUCAAGCCUGCACGCCUCGACCUAGCACGUGGAAAAUUCGAUAUGCCACCACGGCAGAAGUUCCCUAUCCCCAAGCGUCUCUUCAGCUCCUCAGAUGCCAAUAUUCGUUCCAUAGACGGAGAUCCUUCCACAGAUCCAAACGAACUUAUUAGUACUCCGUACAUGUUCGCCGGUCUUGAAAUCCGACGAUCCGUUUCAAUGCCGUACGAAGGGUUUCAGCUAACAUAUGCAUCCGUAGACGCGGAACAAGCAGGUGGACACAAAACCGAGGUCAGCCUAGAGCCUGGAUUUGGGGACGGAACUUUGGUCUCCGAGAUAGACACGAGCAAACUGCACGAUGACUUCCUUGCCACUUGUGAGAGGUUUGCUCGCACUGAUAGUCUAUGGUCAGGAAACUUAGCUACUAGACGAGAUCUUUAG